AUGAAAGCAGGUGCAUUGACAGCAAGGACGAUUGUGUGUCCACGGGAAACAGUUCCUGUAAGGUUGAUGAACGUCAGUGAGGAAUCCAAGGUGUUGCAUACAGGGACAGUUGUAGGACAGCUGACAGAAAUUGGAGAAGUACAGAAGAAGGCUAUGUAUGAUGACAUAUUACCACCCAAAGAGCUACGUAAGGACCUUGCCGAUUUACUCAGAAAAUCGAAAAGCGGGUUGACUUCAGAACAGAGACAGAAGGCGAAAGAGUUUCUCUUUAAAUAUGCAAGCCUGUUUGCAGAGAAUAACUUUGACUUUGGCCGAACUGGGAUAGUCAAACACCAUAUUGAGACAGGUGACAACAGACCCAUUAAACAACAACCAAGCCCAUUUGAUGAACGAGGUUGA